AUUAUGUACAAAUGGGGUAUCGAUGGAAAAGGUUCUGUGGGAAUGUCAGACCAGGUUGAGUUACCACAGUUUAAAGUCAAAGGACUUAAGCAAUUACAGAAAAUUGAAUAUUUAAGCACAGGCAAUUAUUCGCGAUUAGUUUGUGAGAUAGAGUUCGUGCGAAGUAUGGGUUACUACUUAAUACAGAUCUAUAUUCCCGCCAGUCUUAUAGUGAUCAUUAGUUGGGUGUCAUUUUGGUUGCAUAGGAAUGCAUCGCCAGCUCGGGUCCAAUUGGGAGUGACCACUGUCUUGACGAUGACUACAUUGAUGUCAUCGACAAACGCGGCUCUGCCUAAGAUUUCUUAUAUAAAGAGUAUUGACGUGUUUUUGGGCACCUGUUUCAUCAUGGUGUUCGCGGCACUACUAGAAUACGCAACGGUUGGCUAUAUGGGCAAACGGAUUGCUAUGAGGAAAACCCGUUCACAACAAUUGGCUAAAAUCGCACACGAAAACAGACAAAAGAGCGCUUUGGAGACCAACUUAGAGCCCCGUUCCUCCAUAUAUCCCAUCCAAUCGUCGCCAUAUAACCCGUGUAUUCCGAGGCCCAGGAAUAUAAGCGGAGCUCCGGAAAUGCGGUACAGAAUGGUUGAGACAAAGACAAUGGGCAGACCAUCCAUUGACUACAACCCUAAGAAAAAGGUGUCGAUUGUGGCGACAGAGACUGAGGCCGAGGGCGAGGCGGGCACUCCGAGUACACCCCCACCGCUCGCUCCCAUUCCGGGCGCCAGAAAUCCAAACACUUUGUGUGGUGUCUGUCCGAGUGAUAUCGAUAAGUAUUCACGAAUAGUAUUUCCGGUUUGCUUUUUGUGCUUCAAUCUCAUGUAUUGGGUUAUAUAUAUGCAUAUAAGCGAAUUCCUCAGCGAAGAACUCGUCAAAUGAUCCGUUCAGACCAUUCAUCUG